AGGGUUUAAAAACAGAAAAGGAGGAAUCUUUAAAGGAACUGUGCACAUACAUGAAGCUCAAUCCUUUUCAGCUCCUAACAUCCAACUGCAGCAAAAGACGAGGAUUUCUCUGCAGGCAUACUAUAAUGUCUCCAUCAAGUUUAGAGCAUACAGAAAACUCCAGAGUUACAGUUAGAUCUCGGACCAAAAGGGAUUUACCUGAAAUGCGUCAAAGUGUCAACAGCAUUGAUGUUCUACUGAAGCAUGCACAAACACAACUGACUGUCAUGGAAACAACUGCAGGAGGGCCUAGUGAUACAGACAGGGACAGUUUUAUUGAUAUUUUGUUAAUAGGCACCCAACAACUGGACCGUACUUUUGCUUUAGCAAACCCUGACACCAUCGACUCCAUCAUCAAGUGUAGCAAAGCCAUCUUAAGUCUGUCAUUAGAAAAAUGUGGUUUUCAACACAACACAAAUAAAGGUUUGUUUGACAAGGUAUUUCAGAUCAUUAAAAUAGCUUCUCUGCUUGGGGUCAACACAACAACAGUCAACAAGUCACCAUCGGGCACCGUCUAUACAAGCGUCUACAAACCUACGAACCUCAACAAAGCAGUGCUGGGUUCAGAAGAAGAUGGGGGGAUAGUUAAGCUACCCUCGUUCUCAGCAAUGGAAUCAAGGAUUGGAAAGUACGACUCUGUUGUCGCACAGAUGGCUACAUUCUCAAGCAAUCCCUACCCUUCUACGGACAAUAUAACAGGAAAUGUUUGCAGCAUUUUACUCAGUGAUGGAAAAUCUGAGAUUAAGCUGGAUAAUCUGACAGAAAUGAUUGAGAUCUUUUUGCUCCGCCCCAAUAAUUCAGCUCUGACCAGCACCUCCGUUGUGUUGACUAAAGACAAAAAGUCAGUAUCUCAGCUUAAUGUCUCUGACCCUGAGAUGACCAUCUUAUUUAAUGCCAAACCCAGCAUCAAUGUGUCACUGGCUGUUUACUUGUCUUACGGAUCACCUCCCAACUCCACACAUUUCUACAACACAACCAUUUUGAGCCACACAGAGGACUAUCGCUGGUUGAUAACACCAGAGAUGUUACAGAACACCCCAGGGGUUUGGUAUGUGGACACCAGACUUGUAAAUUUCACAUUGGAAACAGAGGUGACGCUGACCAUCACCACAUACAUUAGCAAGUGCCUUUACUGGGACACUGUGAAACUGGAAUGGAGUAAAGAGGGUUGCAGGGUAGGGGGGAAAAGCACUCCAGAGAUGACACAUUGUCUGUGUAACCACCUGACUCUCUUUGGGAGCUCCUUCUUUGUGAUGCCAAACUAUGUUGAUGUAUCUCGCACAGCAGAGCUGUUUGCCACAGUGAACGAGAACUACGUGGUUUUGGCCUUAUUGUGUGCUUUCUAUGGUCUUUAUCUAUUCACACUGCUGUGGGCCUGUUAUGCUGACCGCAGAGCGAGCUCUAAGAGGAAGAUAACUCUGCUGGAGGACAAUCACCCAGGAGCUCAGUACAAGUACCUGAUUGGGAUCCAGACGGGACAUCGCAGAGGCGCCGGCACUUCUGCUAAUGUCACUGUGAACCUGAUUGGCACAGAAACAGAGAGUACCAUACACACCCUCACCGAUCCAGACAAGCCGGUGUUUGAGAGAGGAUCUUUCGAUAUAUUCCUUUUGUGCACGCCCUUCCCACUGGGAGAACUGAAAAACCUUCGCCUGCAGCAUGACAACUCGGGAGGUCACCCAUCAUGGUAUGUUAGCAAAGUGACCAUACAGGACCUUCAAACAAAAAAUGUUUGGCACUUCUUCUGUAACUGCUGGCUGAGUUCUGACCAAGGAGAUGGCAUGACCAAGAAAACUUUCAAUGCUGCCAAAAGCAAUGAGAUUGCCAGCUUCAGGAACAUUUUCCAGAGCCGAACAUCGACCGGUUUUAGGGAUGAACACAUCUGGGUGUCCAUCGUGGAUCCUCCCUCUCGCAGCCCCUUCACACGAGCUCAGAGGGUUUCUUGCUGCAUGAGCCUGCUCCUGUGCACCAUGGCCAUCAACAUCGCCUUCUGGAACAUUCCUGUAGAUCCAAAUUCUCCUGUGCUCUUCUCACUAGGGUCCUUACAGAUGAGUUGGCAGGAUGUCAUGGUUGGUGUGCAGAGUGGUCUCCUCAUGUUCCCAAUAAAUAUCCUCAUCAUAACCAUUUUCCGAAGCAUCCGACCUCGCAUUGUUUCAAAAUCCAAAAAAGACGACCCUGAUGAGAUAUUCAAACCUCCCUCUGUCACCAUACCAACUAUUCUGAAGGAAACCGAGCAGGUAAUUUCUCUGGUGAGCAUGAAUCCCAGGAACAAGAUGUCCGAGAUACUCAGGCUAGAGGCUUCCUAUGACCUCUUACCAGCUUUGAACAGGCUUCACAUGCUUAUCCAGUAUAUACAAGGUGAGAGUGAGAGCGACAAUCACUGGGUCUACUGUAGCAAGUUCCUCCUGGCAGCUCUGUGCCACCUCCUCAUGAACCUGGAAAAACUGGAUGCAAAGAACUUCUCAAGUCAGGAUGAGUACCAGCAGGUUCUCAAUACCACCAACCUGCUGGUCCGUAAGGCUGAGAUGGUCUUCAGCAGUCACCUGGCCAACUGCCCACAACCUGUGAGGAAGAAGAAAAAGACACCAACAGGUUUCAAGCUGCCCUGGUGGUGUGUAUUCAUUGGCUGGUUCCUGUUGGUCUCCAUCAGUGGGAUAUCCACGUACUUCACCCUGUUGUAUGGCUUUCAGUACGGCAAAGAGAAAUCCAUUAAGUGGGCCUUGUCUUUGGGCCUGUCCCUUUUUGAGAGCAUCUUCAUACUGCAGCCUCUGAAGGUGAUAGGUGUUGCUGUGUUCUUCGCCCUCCUGCUGAAACCUGUGGCUGUGGAGGAGACUGAAGAAGCAGCACAGGUGCUGUUAGAGCAACAAGACAGAUGCAGGCGGUACACCGGCAGAGAUGUGCUGUGAGGAUGCAACACUUUACCAGACAGGCCGUGUUCUGCAUGAACCAUCAUCACGCCUGCUUUUCUUCAACACAUGCUACUCUAGAAACGUUAAAAAACACGUUCUGAUGUUGGCAUAUGUACAGAAUCUUUCUUUAGUGGGGAGACACAGUUAAUGGGUAAUGAAAUGACUGAUUACAUAUGUAAAGAUGUUGAUAAUUAUGUAUCUUUAUUGAUGGAAACAAAUGAUGCUCAAGGCUUGUCACAGCUCUGUCAUUAGUUUCUAGAGGUGAAACCUUUUCAAUCCUAUAAACAUAAUGAAUAAAGUAAUAAAAUAGUAGCUUGUUUACAGAAUCUAUAUAUUACAGAGUAUAUUUUAACAUAGUUUUACAUAAUUGAAGCUGAUCUGUUGCAAAAUUGUUUUAAAUUGUGUAAAAAAAAACUUUUAAAUUAAACAUUUGUCUUAUUUUAGUUUGGAAAUGUAAAACUUUAUAAAUCCAUCAUUUUGGCAAAAAAAUGCUCAGUAAGCAAAAAUAAAAAUUUUAGAAAAUCCUGUUUCUGUCAGCAUGCAUCAAAGUGAGUUACUUUAAAUGAAAGUACACUGUGGACAGGGCGAGGGUACGCUUAUGUAAUUGCACAUAUGGGAACUGAUGGAUAAUUGAUCACAUUUUUUAUUUCACUUCCACCCAUGGAAUACAUGCUGAAAAGGGGAUGUUGCACUUUUUGUAUCAUUGGUGGGUUCUUCUGUAAGAUUCAGUUUGCCCUCUCUGAAUGAUUUAUAUGGCAGGCGUAACUACGUUUUUGUCUUUGUUUUUAGUUUGGAAACACGUCUCUCUUGUAAUCAUUUUAAUAUUCUGUUAGUUUGUGAUUUUAGCAUGAUCACAAAGUUCCUUUUCUUCCUUUUUAUUGACUAAUAUUGGAUGUGUGAAUUUAAAUAAAUUUAUUUCUGCUCAA